AUGAUACAUAAGGUUAUAGCAGUUACAAUUUAUCAUGAUAAAAUUCAGAAAUUUGAUCAACACAUGCAAAAUUUUAUCAAAAUAGCAAAUAAUUUCGAAAGUAAUUGCCUUCAAAAAUAUGUAAAUAAAUGUUGGAAGUUUCAUGCUUUUAUGACAUGCAGUUAUUAUCUUACGACAGUUGGAGUGCUGAUUGGUCCAUUAAUUUUACCUCAAAAAUUUCCAACUGAUGCUGUAUAUCCCUUUCCUGUUGAGCAUCCAAUAGUUAAAUGUCUUGUUUAUCUUCAUCAAUGUAUUGUUGGUUUUCAAUGUUCAGCAGGAAUGGCCUUGGAUUGUCAAGCUGCAUUAUUUCUAUGGUAUUUAGGAGCCAGAUAUGAAAUGCUGUCUUUAAAGUGUGAAGAUGUUAUAAGUGCUAAAGACUUACAAGUAUUUAUUCAAAAUCACCAAAAACUUUAUCAACAUGGCCAAGACAUUAUUUAUUCUAUUCGAAUAAUUGCUCUAACUACAAUUAUUAUGACUCGAGUUGGAAUGAUUUUUGGUGCUAUCAUGCUAAUAACGGAUCAAGUUCUGAUGAUAAAAAUUCAGUUUUUGAUAUUGGUCAUGAGUGCAACUGUCAACAUUUUCGUAUGUGUAUGGGCUGCUGAUAAUUUAAUAAAUGUUGCUAGUCGUAUGCUACCAGAAAAAAUAUUUGAGUCAUGUUGUUAUCAGUCGCCAAAAAUGAGAAAAUGUUGGAGCUUUGUCAUUAUGAGAGCACACAAGCCAAUUGUAAUUAAAGUUUCUGGAAUUUUUAAUGCUCUAUCCUACGAAUUUUAUUCAGCGGUAUAUAUGUUAUCUAUUAAUCAUUUUCGAAUUAAUAAUCUAAAAAUAUAUCCGAUUUUUUACCCGAGGCUUGGCUUGAGUGAAGACUUGCCGUUAUUGGGGUCCGGAGUUCAUCAUUACUUGAAAGAGGAUUCUACUUUGAUGAUGAAAUCCAUGUCUGAAUUAACAGCUUUGGGAGAUGUUUUCUUCAACCUUAUUUUAUGUAAAGUAAAACAUAUUGAGUUUCAUGACCUUUUAGCUGAACUAUUAAGCUAUGUACACUCAGUGAGAGGGGACGAGAGGAUAUUUUUCCAAAAAAGUAUCAAUCGCUAUUCUAUGUUUUGGGCCUUUGUAGGUUUAUCCUAUUUUCAAACAGCAAUAGCAUUUUCCUGUGGUCCAUUUUUCAUGAAACAAAUCUUACCUGCUGAUACAUGGUAUCCAUUUACUGCAGAAAUUUUCAGUGUCAGAUAUUAUAUCAUUUAUGCACAGCAAGUUCUUGCAAUUCUCCAAACUGGAAUGUGUAUUACUGUUGAUUUUAUGGUUGCUAUGCUACUUUGUUAUUCAUCUACAAAACUCGAAAUUUUAAAUUUAGAAUUAAAGACUGUUGAGACAUUAAAACAACUUAAUACUUGUAUUUGGAAACAUCAGAAUUGUAUUCGAUUUGUUGAAAAAUUAACUAAUGCAGUUCGGUUCAUUAUUUUAAAAAGUAAUGUAACAAUGGCAAUGGCUGUUAUAUUUGGAGCAUUUCCUAUUAUAACACAUGAACCUCUUCCAGUAGUUUCUCAAUUUAUCCUCAUGGUUGUUGCUGGUUGUUUACGCCUGUAUGUUACUGCUUGGCCUGCUGAUGACGUAUGUGAAAUGAGUGAAAGAAUAGCCUUAUCAAUAUACACUUCUCUUUGGUACAAUAAAUCGAAAAAAAUGCAAAAAUCAAUAUUAAUGAUGAUUUAUAGAGCUCAAAAACCACUCAUUAUAUCAAUUAAAGGGAUACUUCCAGCUCUUACUCUGAAAUAUUAUGCCGCAUUUUUAUCAUCGACACUUUCUUACUUUAUAACGCUACGGGCUGUUGUUGAGAAAUGAGAUAAUCAUAAUAUAAUGAAUAAAUAA